AUUUUAUUGAUUCUCUAUUAACCAAUCAUUUACAAGGUCAAGGAAUAAAUCCUAGUCAUUGGAAUUUUUACUAAGUAUUUACAAAAUGUCUCUAGUCUUCGGAACUUGUGCUAAAUCAGGAAAUGAAAAUAUUGAUGCACGUUUCUCCAAGGUAUAUUUUUUAUUGUGACUUCAUUCGAAUGAACUACUCUGUUAAAGACAUAUGAACAAAUUGAAUUGUUACUGUCUCAAGCAAAACCUCAACCAAUAUCAUUAUGUGCAAAGGCUGCUGCUAUCGAAGCUUAUGAUCAUUUAAGAUGUCAUCAUUAUAUUCCUGAAGCAGAACAGUUAGUUAAUUUAUUAGCCAGACCACAUAUUAAAGUAAGUUAUUUACACACACAGAGAGAGAGAGGGAUUCAAAUUGUUUUAGUCGUUAUUACUUUGUCAUGAUGGAAUAGCGAAUAAAGCUUAUGGACCAGUUCUACCACAGAUAUCAUCAGAAGUAGAUGAAGAUGAUAUAAGCGUGAAGAUUGUAAAUUUAAUCAAGAAUCAUGAACCACUUGGAGUUACAAUUAAAAUUAAUGAAAGAAAUGGAGCUGUUCUAGUUGCACGUGUUAUGCACGGUGGAGCUGCUGAUCGUACAGAUGCUAUUGAUGUCGGGGAUGAAAUCCAAGAGAUUAAUGGUAUUACCGUACAUGGGCGAGACCCUAUGGAAGUGAUACGAAUGUUGACAACGAUAUCUGGCGAUGUGAAGUUGAAACUGAUUCCAUCUAUUACAAAAAAACAACAAGCAGAAAAAAAUCAAGUACAUGUUCGAGCUUUAUUCUCAUACAGUCCAAGCUCAGAUUCACUAACCCCAUGUCCAGAAGCUGGUCUGGCAUUUUUAAAAGGUGAAAUUCUGCGUAUAGUCAAUUCAGAGGAUCCGAAUUGGUGGCAAGCUGUAAAAGUUGAAUUUCCACUUAGUGGGAUUGUUCCAUUUGUACUGGGUAAUAAUUUAACGCAACCAAGUUUAGGUAGAGCUGGUCUAAUACCAAGUAAAAUGAUGCGAGAAUGGAAAAUGCAGUAUCACUUUAAUUCACUGCAUACAAACGGCGGACAAGAUACACAAAUUCAUGAUUCUCUUUCAUAUGAAGAAGUAGAACGUUAUUUUCCUGAAGAAGGUUGUUAUCGGCCAAUUGUUUUAGUAGGACCAAGUGGUGUAGGAAAGUCCGAAUUAAUUCGUCAAUUAAUUAGUACAGAUCCUGAACAUUUUCGAGAACCAAUCAGAAUAACCACACAAGAACCAAAAUCUGGAGAAGUUCAUGGUGUCGAUUAUUUAUUUGUAACUAAAGACGAAUUCAAUACAUUCAUGGAUGCUGAUUGCCUUAUAGAUCCUUGUGAGACGUCAAAAAAUUGUAUGACAGGAUUAUGUUUAGAUGCAGUAUUAGAAAUUAUUCAAGCUGGUCAAGUGGCAAUUUUUGAAGCAGAUUAUCGUAAUUUAAUGUCACUUAGGACAUCAACAUUGAAACCAUUUAUAAUUUUUGUUAAACCACCAACGUUCGAUGUUUUGCUGGAAACACGACAAAUAUAUAAUCAUAAAAGCAGUAAUUGUAAUACACCAACAAUAAAUGAUACAACUUCAACUGUGGAAUUAUCACCAACACAUUCUGUACCAACUACGCCACAUUUAACUAAUCGUACUAUUAGUGGUUGUUUUACACCUGUAAGGAACUGUCAACAAUGGAGGAAAGUCUCCGGUGAAUUGGGACAAGAGAAGAAAAACACAAUGUCCUCAGCGCCAUCAUUAUCAGCAUCAUCGUCUUUGGAUAAUAUACUGGCUACGGAGAUACAAAAAAAAAUGUCAUUGGCUGAAACACACUUUCAUGAAAUGAUUCAAACAGCAUCUCGUCUCGAAGUAACGCAUGGCCAUUUAUGGGAUUUUGUUUUAAUUAAUGAUGAUUUACCAGUGGCAUUGGAACAAUUAUCUGAAAUGGCUUACCGUAUUGAAACAGAAGCAUUUUGGAUACCGAGAAUUUGGUUAAAUUCAACAAGUAAUGAAUUGAAUUCAGAGAAUAGUCGAUCUUAUGUAGAUGCAUCAGUGAGUACAAUGACCACAACUGCUGUUCAGUAAAGGAUUUUGAUAGGCUGUUGUCUCUUCCCAUUGUUUUUAUUAGGAGGCCAACAGGUGAUUCUGUUUUUAUGUAGGAUUGCAUUUACAUCUGUUCGUAGUUCCAAUUUCUAAUAAUUUAACUGAUUGCCAACUUCAUCACUACCAUUUUUUCAAAGAUAUUUCGAACUACACCUUAACACUCCAAAACAAUUAUUCUACUUACCAUGUAUAUCUUUUCACAAAACUAGUUAUUUCAUGUAAUGAAUUAACUUCUUGGAUAUUUUACUGUAUUCUUUUGCUUAUUUUUAUCACUAAUUUGUGAAAUAAAACCAAUACUUAAUUUG